CUGGCCUCAGCAGGAGGCUCUUCCCUGGUGCUCUGUAGCCCUUCUUUUAUAGGUACUCUGCAAGUACCAGCUCCAUCUGUUCACUAGUGGAAAACCUUCCCUGCUGUUCUCACUGCCUCCAAGGAGGUACUUGAGGCCAACAGCCUCUCUCUACUUCGUGGUAGUCACCUUAACAACGCCUCAUCCCCACCAACACUUUCAAAGCUCGAAGCUUCAGUAAGAUCUUCAUUGGCAGGAAAUUUGUGCCAUGUCUGCUGUUGCAGAGCAGGACCUUGGAUUACCUGACCAAGAGCAAGAAGGUGGUAGGAUGGAUCAAGACGCUGGACAAAGUGUCCUGCAUGUGCUGCCAAUCCAUGAGGCUGUUGAUGACAUCAAUGGAACCACAGGAAAUCUGCCUUCACAGGCAGUCUCGAGAGCCAUUAUGGAGGAAGAGCCUGGGCAGGAGGAGAUAUGGCCAGAUACUGAGGAGACCUGCACUCAUGACAUUUGGCCUGAUAUCGAGGACAUCUGGCCUGAUGUUGAGGAACGCUGGCCUGUUGUCGAGGAAGCCUGGCCUGAUGUUGAAGAGGACAGGUAUGUCUGGAAUGGCGACAAGGAGAACGAAGUAGUUCAGGAGGAAGCUGAAGACGACCAGAACUACAAUAAUGAAGAAGAGGAGGAGGAGGACAAUAAAGAAGACGACUAUGAAUAUGAGAAGAAAGGAGAAGAGGAGGUUGAGGAUCAGGGGAAAAAGAUCAUCCUGCAUGCUGUGAGUUUACCUAUGAAGCUUUAG